AUGGCAGCAGCCCCGAGGACGGCUCUGGCUCUCCUCCUCCACCUGCUCUCGUCCACCGGAACGGCCCCGGUGCCCUGCGACAAGAAGGUGGCCCGACUGGAGGCGGAGAUCAAGAGUCUGAUGAACGUGAUCAACGAUCAGCACAGAUACAUCCUGGAGCUGCACAGCAGUCAGGGCCGGCAGCUGGAGCACCUUCCCAACACCUUCCUGGGCUCCGACGAACUGUACAAAGACUGCUCCGAGGUGUUUGAUGAUGGGAACGUAGCCAGCGGACUCUACGUGAUUCGUCCGGAUGGCUCUCCGACUGCGCUGAGCGUUUACUGCGACAUGAACAACGGUGGAGGAUGGACCGUGUUCCAGAGGAGGCGGGACGGCAAGGAGAGCUUCGAUAGAGCCUGGGUGGAGUAUAAACAUGGCUUUGGAGACCUUUUCUCUCCUGAAGGAGAGUUCUGGCUGGGAAACGACGCUUUGCACUAUCUGACCGCACAAGGAAACUACGACCUGCGGAUCGAUAUGGAGGACUUUGAUGGGAACCAGCGAUACGCAGAAUACAAGAACUUCAAAGUGGACAAUGAGAAGGAUCAGUACCAGCUCCAUGUGGGCGAGUACAGCGGGACCGCCGGUGACGCCCUGCACGAGUGUCAGAGACGAGGCAAGGCCUGUCUCCACCUGGACGGCAUCAAGUUCAGCACCUUCGACCAGCCCAAUGAUAUCGGCAGCGACAUCGGCGACCAAAACAACCGCUGCAUCAGACACAGCAAGUCGGGCUGGUGGUUCAGCAAGUGUGACUCGGGGAAUCUGAACGGUCAUUACUACAAAGGGCCGUACAAAGCCAUGACGGAGGACGGCGUGGUGUGGUACACCUGGCACGGCUGGUGGUACUCCAUCAAGUCCGUGGUCAUGAUGCUGCGAGCCUCGGACUUGGAGGGGGCGCCGCUGGACCUCCCCGCCCCCCCGGGGAAUCAAAGCCAGGCCAAACCGGCGAGCAAGAAGGCGGACCCCCGCCGGCGACUUUAG